AUGGAUGACGACAGAGAUUCUGCAGCUGAUGGAAGAAAGAAGGUUAAUGACAACGAAGAGCUUCAUCAAAUGUAUAAAGAUCAGAUUCAAAAGAAAAUACCAAAGAACUUAGGAGAAUGGUCUGAGUGGUCUCCAUGGUCUUCAUGUUCCAGAAGCUGCGGAGGUGGGGUUACUCAACAAACUAGGCAUUGUAUUCACCGGCCAGCAGAUUCUAGGUUUGUUCGAAGACAAAGAAGACGACGUCAAAAUGGUAAACGUCUUGUCAGUGGCUGCGUGGGACUUUAUAAGAGGAUUCAUUUGUGCAAUAGUCAAGACUGCCCGUCUGGUCAAGACUUUCGUUAUGAACAAUGUGCCUCAUUCAAUAACCGACUAUUCCGAGGUACACGGUACCAGUGGGAGCCAUUCUUCAAAGCUAAAGACGAAUGUGCCUUAAACUGUAGACCAGUAGGAAUGAGCUUUUUUGCAACCCUAAACAAGACUGUUAUUGAUGGGACGCCGUGUUCAUAUCCCAUUACGCAUACUGGUAAAUCAGCUCCUAAAGGAUCGAGAGGAAUAUGCAUAGAUGGAUACUGCAAGGUAAGACUAAUUCCAUAUAAAUAUUACUAA